AUGUCUUUUAAAGCGCUUCCCCUAAACAACGGUGCCAAAAUUCCAUUUAUGGGACUUGGCACUUGGGAUAUUCGGAAUGCAACAUCGGUAGUUGAGGCUGCUCUAGAUGCCGGAUACAGGAUGAUUGAUACUGCAGUGUUGUAUGGCAACGAACGAGAGUGUGGACAGGGGAUUUUGAAUUGGCUACAGAAGGAUCCAGUGCACCAUAAAAGAAAAGAUGUUUUUUACAUUACAAAACUUUGGAACGACCAAAAUGGCUACAGUAAUGCCAAAAAUGCCAUUCAUGAGUGCUUGAACAAGGUUUCCGGACUCGAGUACAUCGACUUGUUGCUUAUCCAUUCUCCAACCGAGGGAAAAAGACUCAGAUUGGAAACUUAUAAGGCAAUGCAGGAAGCUGUUGAAUCUGGCAUUGUGAAGUCAAUUGGUGUUUCAAACUACGGUGAAGGACACAUUGAUGAGUUACUUUCUUGGGAUGGGCUUAGAGUGAAGCCUGUAGUGAAUGAAAUUGAGGUUUCUCCUUGGUGUAUGCGGCAAGAACUUUGCGAUUUCACAAAAAGCAGAGGACUUCAAGUAAUUGCUUAUGCGCCACUCUCACACGCCUACAGAAUUAACGAUCCGGAUGCAGUGAGUCUUGCAAAGAAAAAAGGCGUCAGUAGUGCCCAGAUUUUGAUUAGAUGGUCCAUCCAGAAAGGAUACAUCCCAAUUCCAAAAACGAAGACGAUUAGUCGAUUGGCCCAGAACUUGGACGUUUUGUCAUUUGAGCUCAGCCCGGCUGAAAUGGCACAGCUCGAUCAUCCGGAAGUUCAUGAUCCAUCUGAUUGGGAUGUGGUCCAUUGUCCAUAA